AUGGCUCCAAAUAUCCCACCAAUGAUCGGGCCGGUCCUGGGUCUCGCAGGAUGGACCUUCGUAAUGGAAUCCUGGAUGUAAAUCUUCCCCCCCCCCCCCAAGCUCUCCAUGAUAUAUAUCCACAGCAUUAUUAACCUCCUCCUCCUCUUCUUCUUCUCUGCAGGUAUGCCUACCGCCUCCCAGACCUGCAGAAAUACAAAGUCAAAGUCAACCCGAGCAUGUCCAAGGCGGACAUGAACAGCCAGAUCCCGCGCCAUCGCCAAUUCCCCGCGGACAACUAUGACCACCUCCACGAGCAACCUACCGUUUUCUACGCCGUGGCUCUGAGCUUGGCGUUUAUGGAGGCGGACGAUCGGGUUACGGUCGGGCUGGCGUGGGGAUAUGUGGCUAUGAGGGUGGUGCACAGUUUGUUGCAGGCGACGACGAAUGUGAUUCCGAGGCGGUUCGUGGCUUUUGCGACGAGCAGUUUGAUCCUGUUGGGAUUGACGGGCAGGGCGGCUCAGAGGUGCUUUUUCUGA